AUGGGUAGCGAUCUAACGAACACACUCCCCUUGCCAUCCAUCUUGGGGCCAUUGGUGUGGCCCGUCUCGGGGUUCCCAUCCAGGAAGACGGAAAUUACCAGCGCAGCUGAGUUUGCUGGUAAUGGCUUUCAUACUUCGCUGCCAAGUCAUUGUUUGACCACCUCUGGCUCUCUUCCACCCUUCACGUGGUUGUGCGAAAAGAGUCCUUCGAGGAAGGGAAGGCAGCAUCGCUGCUUCCAUAAAUAUGGACAUGCUGGUCGCCUGGGGGAAACACCUUACUGUCUUCACACUCCUGUCGCAGAGGACAGUACGACUUUACCCCCAGACCGCCUCGUAGCACGAUUACUCGUAGUGCGGGGUCUCGCUGCUCCCCUUUGGCCUUCCUGGCAUGGUUGCACCUUGUGGAACGAAGUUUCAGCCAGUGUAGCCUGCGGGAUCGCUGCAGCACUCAAGCCCGACCACCACGUCAAGGUGGCAGCUUUAGGUCGGGGGCAGCAACCCAGCCCCCGUAUAACCGUUUUGGUUACCGGAUGA